CCCGGGAAGAGAGCAACAGAGCGGCCGAAGCCCAUGCGUUACAGGAUUGCCCUGGAACCAGUGGCACAACGCUCGUUUACCGUUUCAGAGGGGACGCUUUUGCAGGGACUUCCGGGACGUGGCCUGUCGGGAGCGGAAGUGCUGUGUGGCGGGUGCUGGUGGGUGGGCACCCGGAGACUCUGGCGGCUGAGUUCUAGGGUGUGGAGCGCUUUCCCGCUGCAUGGCCAUGAACCUGGAGCGCUUGCGGAAGCGCGUGCGGCAGUACCUGGACCAAAGAGGAAUAACAUGGGCCUGGUUUCCACUUGGGGCACCUUCUCUGAGCAGAUUUGCAGCUGGUCUCAACAGUAUCAAAGUGCUUUGUUUUGGGCAGACAAAGUAGCUUCACUCUCUCAUGAGGACCCUCAGGAUGUCUACUGGUUGGCUCAGUGUCUUUAUCUGACAGCACAGUAUCACAGAGCAGCCCAUGCACUUCGGUCACGAAAACUGGACAAAUUGUAUGAAGCAUGUCGUUACCUUGCAGCCAGAUGUCACUAUGCUGCAAAAGAGUAUCAGCAGGCUCUUGAUAUUCUUGAUAUGGAGGAACCAAUCAACAAAAGAUUAUUUGAAAAAUACCUGAAGGAUGAAAGUGGCUUGAAAGACUCCUCCAGUGACUGGGAAAUGUCACAGUCCUCAAUAAAGAGUUCUAUUUGUCUUCUACGAGGGAAAAUUUAUGAUGCUUUAGAUAAUCGAACCCUAGCCACCUACAGUUAUAAAGAAGCUUUAAAGCUUGAUGUCUACUGUUUUGAAGCAUUUGAUCUUUUAACAUCACACCACAUGUUGACAGCACAAGAAGAAAAAGAACUUCUUGAAUCACUACCUCUUAGCAAGCUCUGUCCUGAAGAACAGGAAUUACUACGUUUUCUGUUUGAGAACAAAUUAAAAAAGUAUAAUAAGCCUAGUGAAACUGUCAUCCCUGAGUCUGUAGAUGGCUUGCAAGAGAAUCUAGAUGUGGUAGUGUCUUUAGCUGAGAGACAUUAUUAUAACUGUGAUUUUAAGAUGUGCUACAAGCUUACAUCUGCAGUAAUGGAAAAAGAUCCUUUCCAUGCAAAUUGUUUACCUGUACAUAUAGGAACGCUUGUGGAACUGAAUAAAGCAAAUGAGCUUUUCUAUCUUUCUCACAAACUGGUGGAUUUAUAUCCUAGUAAUCCUGUGUCUUGGUUUGCAGUGGGAUGUUAUUAUCUCAUGGUUGGUCAUAAAAAUGAACAUGCCAGAAGAUAUCUCAGCAAAGCUACAACACUGGAGAAGACCUAUGGACCUGCGUGGAUAGCCUAUGGGCAUUCGUUUGCUGUUGAGAGUGAGCAUGACCAGGCCAUGGCUGCCUACUUUACAGCAGCACAGCUAAUGAAAGGGUGUCAUCUGCCAAUGCUGUAUAUUGGAUUAGAAUAUGGUUUGACCAAUAACUCAAAACUGGCUGAAAGAUUCUUCGGCCAAGCUCUGAGCAUUGCACCAGAAGACCCUUUUGUAAUCCAUGAGGUUGGGGUGGUUGCCUUUCAGAAUGGAGAAUGGAAAACAGCAGAAAAAUGGUUUCUUGAUGCUUUGGAAAAAAUUAAAGCAAUUGGAAAUGAGGUAACAGUUGACAAAUGGGAACCUUUGUUGAACAACUUGGGGCAUGUCUGCAGAAAACUUAAAAAAUAUACUGAGGCAUUGGAUUACCACCGGCAAGCAUUGGUAUUAAUUCCUCAGAAUGCAUCCACCUAUUCUGCCAUAGGAUAUAUCCAUAGUCUGAUGGGCAACUUUGAAAAUGCUGUGGACUAUUUUCACACUGCCCUUGGUCUUAGGCGAGAUGACACGUUUUCUGUUACAAUGCUUGGUCAUUGCAUCGAAAUGUACAUUGGUGAUUCUGAAGCUUAUAUUG